AUCAAAGCAACGAAGCACAGGAAAGAUAGAUACCGCAUACUAACCAGAGAUAAGCAGAGCACAGAAAGCUAUGAAACUGCUAGCAGUGUAACUUGAAAAGAAGGAAGUGAUUUAUGAAAAGCAGGUUAAUAUGGCAGGAUCAACGUCUGGCGUUUUGAUUUCCGAUUUGGUAAACAAGGACGAACUAUACACCAUCGUUGUUAGUGAGCUCCGGCAACACGGCAUCAAAUAUCGGAAGGAAAAAGGCUCAAAAGGGGCGCACGAAAAAGCCAAAUGCAAGCGUAUCUUCAAUGCGCCCUUGCAUACGCUAGAGCUCACGGAUGCGCUUCUAGCGAACGGUGGAAUCGUACAGAUCCCAUUGUUCGUUUCGGACGCCUGCCAAUAUAUUUUGGACCAUGUCGAUACGGAAGGGUUAUUCCGGAAGGCCGGAUCAUCAAAGCGGCAGCAAGACAUAAGGACCAGUGUAGAAUCCGGGAAACCGCUGGGAAGAUCGCACCACGUUAUCGAUGUUGCGAAUAUCGUGAAAACAUUUUUCCGAGAUUUGCCCGAACCACUACUCCCAUGUGGUAACGUGCAGGAAGCACUCAUCCGAUGUCUACUCGGUUCGAGCAAGGAGCAAAGGGUGCACAAACUAUUGCUGACUUGCCUUUUGCUACCUCCGUUGACACUGAAUACAUUGGCAUACUUCAUGCAGUUUCUGCACACCGUCUCGAAGCAUUCGACCCAAAACAGGAUGACGGUGGAAAAUUUGGCCAUCAUUCUUACGCCAAAUAUUAUGCCCAUAGCGGAAAUGGUACAGCAGCGAUUAACCAGCCACGUUACGGUCGUCCAGUUGCUGAUUGAACAUUCCCACGAAAUUGGCCGCAUUCCGGAGACGAUUCUGCGUCAGCUAAAGGACGAUACAAGCAGUAACCAGAGCGUUCUGGUGGGUGGCGAUAAGAAGAAAAAAAAACGACGCAGUGGUUCGCUGACGCGUAUGUUCAACGGAUUCAAAAAGAUAGUCGGUGCAAUCGGCUCGUCGGAGAAUCUGGACAAAACGGACGAAAUUUGCGAAAACGAUCCGACGCUACCGGUCGGUACACCGUGCCUCAGUAAAUCGGCCAAGAAGCGAAAGGUUACCGAGGGGAUUGCUUUUAGUGCGAAGAAGAAGAAAGAAGUAACUUCUUUCCUGCCUGAUAACCAAGAGCUCUUGCCAUGUACACCGACGGUAGUAAUAAAGGAGGCAAAGAAAAGCCGGUUGAGUCUAGGUGGCAGCAAAAAGCCAAGUAAAAUGGUCCAUCGGUUACUACCGAGCGGCUCGAUACCGUCAAUCGCCGAGGGUAAGCCGAUGGAACGUCGGUGGAGUGUGGUCGGUGCACCCUGGGGACGAAAGAAGCAAAGUCGUGCAAAAAUGGAUGAUAAGGUCUAUACUGAUACGGGCGCUAAGACCGAGGACGAACUUGAGCUGUCUGAUUCAGCAGGGAAAUCUAUACAUGCGGUUGGUGGUCGUAUGUCACCAGUGGUGUCUAUGCCCUGUCUCACCACUGCCGACGAGCUGUUCGCACCGACCAUUCCAACGAAGAAGGGUGAUAUGAGUAUCGCGGUUAGUUCGACUAGCCAGCAGCAGCUGACCGACCCGCACGAUGAAGCGGAUGGAGGCUUCCUGAAGAUUCGUCGCAGUGAGUAUGAAGCGAUUAAAAAACGUGUUUCGGACAUCGAGACGAGAAUAUCGCAGGAAUUUUGUCACCUGGUCGGACGGGAGGAUGUACUGCUGGAUAACGUAGAGGACAAAUAUCGGCAAACGUUGGAGCAGACGGAACCCAUCGAGGCCACCUGUUCGACAACGGACCAGCUGGCGAAGAGAUUGAGCAGGGAGCUUAAGAUCCGGGCGAGUGGUGAACAGAAGAUGAUCCGUUCGCCGAGUGCCCGGAAAAUUGGAACAAUCCGUCGACGUAGUCGGGAGGCAGUCCGGCUUUCUCGUAACCAAUCUUGGCACAUUGGUAGUACAAGCGGUAGGGAGGUGCAAGGCAAUAGCACCGGUAGCGGAGUUGGUGGUGCUGGGACCGUGGAUCUAUCUUUCUAUCCCAAGCCGGGAGUUCUUAAGCGAGGCCGGCCGAAUACGGUGCAGAGUGGUUUGAGAGCUCCAUCGGAAUCAAAUUCAGAUGAAAAAGUUGAACAGAAGAAAUCCCCAGUAAAAGUAAUAACGCCUACUAUGACCAGCGGAAACUUUACCGACGAGGAAAAGGAAGAAAAAUGGGUCAAUGCUGAAAGCUACUUUGAUACACACAACGUAACGGUCGAUAGUAGCUCAACAAUGAUGGACUCGACCGCCGAAUUCCUUACUCCCAAAGUAUUACUGGAAGAUUAUUUCAAAACGCCUGAUACGCAGCAACCAUCUCGAAGAUUAUCCUUGCGUUCGUCCACAAAGCAACACACGCCUGCUUUCUACACUCCCUCUCCGUUUGUGACAAGGAUUGAAGUAAACUCUCCGCUUAUUAAAACACCAAUGCUUCCCCCUGUGGUGCCGCCACGCACCAGAAUGACACCAGCGCGGACACCGAAGCUUCCACCACGCACCCCAAUCAGUGCCAGUUUAAGGUAUCCGGAGGCUGUAAACUUGCUUGCAAAAGCGCACAUAACACCGUUGCAGGAGGAGAGUGGCCGAGCAUCAAUCGCCCGUAUUCGUAGUCAAAACGCCGGCAUGGUGAUGGCGAAGGCGAAACUCUUCGAUGGGCUCGUUACGAAUGCGGUGCAGGACCAGCAGCACCAGAGUAGUGGAUCAUCAAAACGCAUCACCCCAACCAACGUAAACCGUCGUCAGAGUGCCAAGUUUCGGUCGACAGCAGUGUCCGUGCCAGCGGCAGUCGUUUCGCCACGGCCAAAGGAAGGUUCGGUUCCGCGUAAUUCCUCUGUGCACGUACGACAGGUACAGAAGCUACGAUCGACGACGGCCCAUACCGGUAGCCCACGAAAAUCGACGCCACGCAAACGAGCCUUCACCAAGUCGGCGCACGGGGGUGGCAUCAAUCGGAGGGAAAAAUUACGACAAGCUUCUAGGGGUGCAGCGUCCUCGACAACGACGGUCUCAUCGAAGGUACUUAGCUCCCCGCGUAUCAUUCGUCGGAUACAGGAAAACGUACAAGAGCAGCUUUCCACUGCCAGUGUGAGCGCGUGCCUAUCGCCUAGCUUGAAGGACAUUAACAGUCGGUCGACAGCAGCAGGUCAGUGUAAUAAAGGUAAUUUCAACGCGUCGACGACGACACCGCACAUUCGAAAACAGUUGCUCCGGAACUCACCGAGGCGCAUCCUUGCUGCAACACCGGGCCGCGACAAUCGGUUGGCGCACGGUGACCGAUAUCUUACUCCCAUGAAGGCGACCCCAAUGUCCCGCUUUGCUCUCGCUACAGAAACUACCGGUUACGAAGAAAGCCCCGAAAGGACACCUCAAUCACGCGCUGCUGCCCUCGCCCGUCAGCAACAGCAGCAGCGUCGAUCUAUUAGUGCCAGUUCCGUGUUACGGGCGUAAUAAGUAAUAGUUUGUAAAAUUUUCGAAAAAUUAUUAGAUCUUUCUUUUUUGCAUAUAUGACUCAAUACAAUAGAGAAGGUAAUUGAACAAAAAAUUUAGUUUUGAUUUAUUC